AUGGUUACUGAUGAAAAUGAAGAAUUAGAAGAAGCUGGAGACGAACACAAUGUAUCUUCAACCUCUACCUGUGCAGAACUGAGCGGCCUCAACAGUGCAGAGUUGCUGGCAGGACAUGCGUACGCGCACUGGCUUGCUACGCAGCAGCCUACGUCUACGUUUUACGAUGACAAAAACAGCAGACGCCCAAGACGAUCAGGCCCAGAAAGAAAACCCCGGCAAGCGUACAGCGCUAAACAACUCGAGCGCCUUGAAUCAGAAUUCAAGCUGGACAAGUAUCUAAGCGUUUCAAAAAGGAUGGAGCUCUCCAAAGCAUUAGGUCUUACUGAGGUACAAAUCAAGACAUGGUUUCAGAACCGAAGAACAAAAUGGAAGAAACAGCUAACGUCUAGGAUAAAAAUCGCUCAACGGCAAGGUUUAUUCUCAGGGCAUAUCUUCGGACACACACCGCAAACUUAUUCCCUUUUGAAUCCUUACGCGUAUGCACCACUUAGUUGCGUUUUUACUCCUGUAACAAUACCGUCUUCACCACCAUAGAUUCAAUAUAUA